CAGAUGCCCAAACGCUGAGUGUUAAGAGGCUGUAGCAACAGCGACUAGAAUGGGGCCACCAUGCACCUGUGGCCAGAGGACAAGUCUGUCGAUCGAAAACGGACAAAUUUUGUUCCCCAAACGAGAGUGUGGUCGUCUGGACCGACUCCAUACUCGGUACUGUGUUGUGAACAUUUCGCAGCAGAUUCUUACGGCAACAGUGAGCUGGAGCGGAAGCUUGGUAUGAAACCUAAAUUUAAAUCGGGCGUAGUGCCCGUUAUUCGAGAUGACAGAAGAAACCGAACCACAGCUCACUCAAGCGACGAAUGCUUGAUUGACGAAAAGACGAUUCGAGUUGAUAGUGGUGAAGCCGGCACUAUGGCCAUUCCGCCUGUCACUCGCAACGCCCGUGUGGAUUCGUCAACUGUGCCAGCAGCUAUUCGAAAACGGCAGUGUAUGAGAAUUAUCUCUGUGGCAGAAUCUUGGGAAUGUUGUCCAGCAGAGGUUGCUCCAUAUAUCUCAGAGCCGGAUAUCCCAGACCCAGAGACCCAGGUGCACGAGUGCUAGAUACCUCAGAGUUAGAUCAGACUCGUAUGUUGAGGACAUCAGUUUCACCACUGAUGUUGGACUCUGCAGUCAGGGUACUAGGGCAACACAAGUUACUCUUCGCCCAAAACGAAGAAGCAAAGGUAUUUCAUACAAACGGCAGCCUGCUACUGCAUGCACAGCAGUACAGUGUAAGCUAUUGGACGCACCUGCUUUCCGCCGCCUGUCUGAGGUUGAUGAAGAUAGUGAUGAGGAGAGUGGAGAGUUGGAUGAAGAUGACCAUAAUGAGACAGAGGAUCAAGUUUAUCACCCUAAGGAGGAAGACUUGCAAGAAGAGGAGCCAAUCAUUAGACUUUCCUCAGUCACUAAAAGUCGUUAUUGAAGAAAGCUGUCAGCACGGUGUGGUCAGAAGAGAGAAGAGCCUUGCUGACAGAACUCAGAAGGUGUCAGACUUACUCCUGGCAGGAGAUGGAAGGGUUGAAAGUCCAGGUCACAAUGCAAAGUAUGGCACUUACAGCAUUCUGUAAACGAAGAUCAAUAAAGUCAUCAACACUGAAACAGUGACAAUCACAGAAGUUGCCAACAGUAACGCAGUGGAGAAGGAGGGGUGAAUCCAGGCUUUAGAUAACCUAAAGAAAGAGAAGCUCAGUGUGGAUGAGAUUGUUACAGAUCGACACACCUUUAUUCGAAAAUAUCUUCGCCAGGAACAGCCUUCAAUUAAAUGCACCUUGGAUGUUUGGCAUGUUGCUAAAGGUAUAUCGAUGCUUUUGUUUUACUGUAAAAUGUUGUACUUUUAAUGAACACUAAUUCCAUCAACCACAGGUCAGACAAUACAUCAGGGAUGGAAAUUUAAUUCUUUGUCCACUGUUCCUUGGGUCAUUUUAGGAAUAGUGUUCAAUGUAUAAACUGGUGAUAGCAUGACUACAGAUGAAAGUAAUACUUAAAAAACUGAUACAACAUUUUAAUAAUCUGUUACCUUUCCAGAAAUCGGAAAAAAUUUCGGGAAUGAAUUAGUUGAAGCGCAUCAAGCAGCUAUUAAAUGAACAGUGCCUGUAGUGUGAUUUAUGCACACUGUAUUUGGUACUUAUUGAUCAAUGGCCAUUUUAAUAGUAUGCACAUGUAAUUGUAACACAUUUACUGUUACCCCACUAAUUCUGCAGUUGAAACAAAAAGCUUAUUCAAUAGCAACCUGUCAUUUUGCAUGAAGCAACCUUUUUUUGAGCAUUUAGCAGUCAGUCAUUUAUUGGAAACACAAUCUGUUCCUGGGCAUGCAAUUGCAUGUCCCAGUGUAUUGCCAUAUUUGAUCCAAGGUCAAAGGUCGACUGUCAGUAC